AGAACAUGACUAGUCUCCGCUAGAAACAAGAGCAUCUCAUCACACAACAAGAAACCGGCACCAACUGUAUCCAACCUUCUACUCUCGGUCUUGCCUUCACCGUCUUUGCAAGCACUCACUCAAACAACUUCCACCAGAACACCAAACAACUCUCAAGAUGAAGGCCUCAAUGAUUCUCGCAUCCGCUGCUACUCUCUUCGCCUCCGCUCUCGCAGCUCCAUCCAUCGCCCGUAACGCACCUCUCACCUUCACCGUUCAGCUCGCCAACGAACAGAGCGGCAAGAACGCCAACCGCGAUGUCAUCGUUGGCAAAGACGCUGUAACCCUCGGUCAGCUCUUCGGUGAUGCCUUCGGGCCUCGGGUCUUCGCCAAUUCGCUCCAGGCUGUCACUCCUGGUGCCGGCGGAAACAACAUCAAGUGCGAGGUCAAGAACCCUAACUAUCCUGGACAGACCUUUGCGCUGAACUCAUGGAACACUUUCAUCGACCUUGAUGAGAACUCCAACGCUGCUAUCCUCGUCGACGUUACAUCAUUCACCAUCGAGUGCAAGGUAUAGAUGUCCUCUCGUAAACCGUUUGACAGUAGGCAGAGCGCGGUUUCAUGGGGCACAUGAGGCGAGGUGGUCGGCGAGGACAAUCCUUUCUUUGGUUGAUGUAUUCGGAAAGCGAUUUGGGUUUUUAAUACUUGUGUUCAACAGUUGUAUACAUUCCUUUGUCCGCGUUUUGGGAAGUAGAGAAGCUUUAAUAGCUAAUAUCACUCAUUUGUGGAUAC